AAAGUCCACUUCCCAUCCAAAACCCACAAAGCAGAAAAUGGAGCCUGCUUCCAUCACCACCUCUCUUCCCAGUCUCCAAGCCACUCCUGCUGCAGCCGCCGUGGGCGGGCUUGUUUUCUCAGUCUAUUUCGUGAAAAGGUUUAUGGUCGAUAAGAAGAAGGCCAACAACUCCCAUCUCCGGCUGGUUCCAGAGGUCCCGGGGCUGCCGGUGAUCGGGAACUUGCUGCAGCUGAAGGAGAAGAAACCCCACAAAACGUUUGCGAAUUGGGCAGAGACAUACGGACCAAUCUACUCCAUUAAAACCGGCUCCUCCUCCGUCGUCGUUCUCAACACCACAGAUGUUGUUAAAGAGGCCAUGGUGACCAAAUUCUCAUCCAUAAGUACUAGGAAGCUAUCCAGGGCUUUGUCCGUGCUCACUCAGGACAAAACCAUGGUUGCCAUGAGUGAUUAUGACGACUUCCACAAGAUGGUGAAACGCCACGUCCUCGCAAACCUGUUGAGCCCAAGCGCCCAGAAAAGACUUCGUUCUCAGAGAGACAUAAUGGUGGACAAUACAGCAACCCAAUUCCAAGCUCACGCCAAGUUCCAUCCUGAAAAGGCUCUGAAUUUCAGGAAGGUGUUUGAGUCCGAGCUCUUCGGUUUAUCCAUGAGGCAAGCGAUCGGGAAGGAUGUGCAGUCCAUCUAUGUCGAGGAAUUGGGGACUACAGUUUCCAGAGAAGAAAUCUUCAAAACUCUAGUGCUCGACCCAAUGGACGGAGCUAUAGAAGUAGACUGGAGAGAUUUCUUCCCGUCCCUGAGCUGGAUUCCCAACCCGAGCUUCGAAGAGAAGAUCGAGCAGAUGCAUUACCGCAGACAAGCGGUGAUGAGCGCCCUGAUCGCCGAACAGAAGCAAAGAAUUGCAUCCGGAGAGGUGAUUGAUUGUUUCGUUGACUACUUGCUGGCGGAAGGCAAGAACCUGACAGAUCUCCAGAUCUCGAUGUUGAUUUGGGAGACGAUCGCCGAGACGUCGGAUACGACGUUGGUGAGCUCAGAAUGGGCAAUGUAUGAGCUUGCCAAGAAUCCUGACACUCAGGAAAGGCUCCUCCGGCAAAUUCAAGCCGUCUGUGGAUCCGAUGAAGUCUCCGAGCAACACUUGUCGAAACUCCCUUACCUGAGCGCCAUCUUCCACGAGACGCUCAGAAGGCAUAGUCCUGUCCCCGUCAUCCCUUUGCGCCACGUGGAUGUCGACACCGAGUUAGGAGGGUACCACGUCCCUGCUGGAACUCAGAUAGCGAUCAACCUGUACGGAUGCAACAUGGACAGCAAGCAAUGGGACAACCCCGACGAGUGGCUGCCGGAGAGGUUCCUGGGUGGGGGAUCGGACCCCAUGGAGCUGCACAAAACGAUGGCGUUUGGGAGUGGGAAGAGGGCUUGUGCCGGAGCCCUCCAGGCGAUGCUAAUUGUUUGCACAUCGAUCGGGAGGAUGGUGCAGCAGUUCGAGUGGCACCUCAAGGAAGGAGAGGUAGAUAAUGUGGAUACUGUGUCGCUCACUGCCCGUAAGCUUGAUCCCUUACACGUGCUUAUCAAACCAAGAAGCUAGAGAAAAUUGAGGGUGAGAUCAAAUUGUGGAGCCGUUUUAUGAAAGAGUUGUUGGUGUCUGUUUUGUUU